AUGUCUCUUGCUCGCGCAUUCACGCGGCGCAACAAGCGCAGUGUGGGUGAAAUCACUCCCCAACGGGGCACCAGUGUCAAAUAUGCUCCCGGAACCAUCAAUCGCAGUCAGAUUUCACUUCCUACUGAACUGAUCUCGACCACCAACGUCCAGGCGCUGAACGCUCCAGACAUUCCGGGUGUCUCUGGAUCAUCCACCGCUUCACUCUCCUCCACCAGCGACUCUGACUUCUCCACCAUCGACCGAAGCUUUCUGACCAACAUGGCAAGCGACACAUCAUCGAUCGAGGACAGUGGACCCGCGACCCCGGUCACACCAGCCUCGGAAGAUACCAAAUCAUUCUUUGAUUUGAAGCAGCCUGUUCGCGCAGUUCCUGCCCUUGCUUCACCUCCCGCCGUCGACACACCUGCAAUUCCACAACGUGCUCUGUCACACUCCAAGGAAGCCCAUGUCCAGCUGUCACGAAAGCGGUCCGUUCAGCGCAUGUCACCUCCUCCGACCACUCUGAACAAGCCAACUAUACGGAGGAGCGCCGAUAUGUUCUCUUCCUCUGCAGACCCUAAUCAUCCCUUUGGCAAGGAGCUGGCACAGGUGAACGAGGUUGCAGAAGAGUUUGGCGCCACGGCUCGGUUGCUGGAAGAAGAAGAACAAGAAAUAACGAACAAAGGUCUUCGCAAAUUCGGCGUGGAGGACUACCUGGACGAAAUUGCAGGCCUAUAUGGCGGCAUCUUCGAAGACAGACUCGGCUCAAUCGCAAAGCCGUGGAUUUAA